GUGCCGGUGCCUAACCCGGCUACUGAAGGGCGAAGGCGGGGUUUACCCUGGACAGGUCGCCAGUCUGUCGCAGGGCUUGUAUUUAUUUAUUUAUAUUCUUAUUUAUCGGUAAAAGUCUGCUUUACGAUCUUUUUGAUUUCAAUGUUUUUAAUUUUUUUUUUUUGUAUUUUAUUUUAAUUUGAUUUUUUAUAUAUUUUUUUUAUUCGUGGGGAAUAUUAGUCACCUUAAAAUCUAUUUUUCUUCCAAUGCAACAGAAUGUGGAUUGGACAUGGCAGCAAGUGCAGUCACUCCCCAUGUUGACACUGCAUGUCCUUGACAAGGGACUGCUGUGGCAAGCCCUGGUUUGCACAAUAAGCAAUCAUUACAUUGCUGGAUUCCUCCCAUUGAGUGCCAGUAAACUGCCAGCUGUCAUUACCGAAUCAAACCCGUUUAAAUGGAAAACAGCUCAAUAAUGUCCAGUUGUGUUCUGGUUUUCCUCCUCGUGGUCUUCUCCUGCCAUGCGAGUCGUUCCUGUCCGGAAUUCUGCAAGUGCAACCCUGGAGGAUCAGAGGUGGUUUGCACUGAGGUUCCUCUAGUGGACUUUCCUUCUGAUGGUCUUCCAAACAGCACUACUAUCCUGACAAUCCAGCUGACAAACAUCACAUCCGUCACAGAAGAGCAUCUGAAAGCGACGCCGCUGCUGCGAGAACUCCACCUGUAUGGAAACCACCUGCGGAGCCUUUCUCCUCAUCUUCUCAGAGGCGUUCCUCUUCUGCAAAAUUUGGAUCUGACGGAAAACAAGCUGAGGGAUCUGCCCGCCGACGUCUUCAGCCACGCUCCGCUCCGCAGCUUGGUGCUGAAGAACAACCUCAUAGAAGAAGCUCGGGGAGAGUGGUUGCCUGAAAACAGCAGUCUGACCUGGUUGGACUUAUCUGGAAACCUUUUAACAAAAAUCCCAACAGUUUUGCUCCAGAAGCUCCCCAAUUUGGAAAAUCUCGAUUUAUCCAACAACCGUCUGGAGAAGAUUCCUCCACAUUCCCUGGACGGACUGGCUAAACUGGAGCGGUUGAACCUUCAGGAGAACAAGCUGCACAGCUUAGAUGCGUCUUCGUUUCAGGGCAUGCACAGCCUGACUGUUUUAACCCUCGCUCACAACAAGCUCAGCCACCUCCCGGGAAACCUCUUCCAGGGUCUGACUCGGCUCACGCAGCUGAGUCUGGACGGCAAUGAGGUGAGCCGGAUCCCUGAGGGGCUGUUUGACCCGCUGACCUCUCUGGAGGAUGGAGGCCUAGACCUGAGCGGGAAUCCUCUGGUGUGUGAGGGGAAAGCGGAGUACGUGUGUAGGUGGUUUGAGGAGAACAAGAAGGUUAUUCUGCCGGAUAGUAUCGGUACCUGCAAGUGUUCUGUGAGUCUUUGAAGGGGAAACCAUUGGAAAGCAAACCGAACCAUUAAUUAAUGUUUUGGAUCUUAUACGAUAAGUAUUAGGGCGGUGAACAUUAACGAGUUAACACACGAUUAAUCAAAAAGUGUUAAUGCAAAAAAAUAAAUAUUCCAUCAGUUCUAGUACUUUAUUCUUGCUAUUUUUUUUGUUUUAGAUCCCUUUUUACAAAAAAUUGACUGUUUGGUGCCACAAAUUAAUUUUACCUGGUAAAACAUUGAGAUUAAUCGCGUUUAAUCACAACACAAAAGCGCGAUUAAUCAGAUUUUUUUUAAUCGAUUGACAGCACUAAUUAAAAAUAAAUGUUCUAAAUGUAAAGUUUUGGGUGUGAUUUCAUGUUGCAGAUAAUAAUUGGUCGGCAAAUGCUGUAAUAAAAAUAAAAAAAUA